UACACGGGCCCGCGACUCAGCCACAAAAAGAGAUUUUCCACACUUGCGGACAGCUUCUCAUCAUCUUCAGCUUGUCAGUCACAGAAACAACAUGGCCCAAGCAGGCCCCUCAGAGGGCAACCACGGGUUCUACGAGAUCAAGGAUGCUGGACGCAAAGGACAAGGAGCGUUUGCUUUGAAAGAUAUCUGCGCCGGAACUCGUAUUCUUGUGGACGCUCCUCUUUUCGUCAUUGACAAGAACAGCCAGGACGACAUCGAGCUUGCCGACAUCCUCUCGAAGCUAUCGGCUUUGCCAUCUGCUACCCGCCAUCAGUUCGGGUCUCUUCCAUUCGCGCCUUUCUUCGCAAACGGUUCUAGCAUGAUGCAGCUAUAUUCGCGCUUCGACUUCAACAAGUUCGCGAUUUCAGGUGGAAAAGGCUGGGGAUGUUUCCGCUACGCUUCACGCUUCAACAACUCCUGCCUUCCAAACUGUGCAAUCUCUACGACCAAUCAAGGCACGAAGCAACUUCGCGUUACUCGCAACGUCUCGGCGGGCGAUGAGUUGACCUUCGCGUAUUUUGAAGGACUGCAAUACAUGACAACAGCUGAACGACAAGAGUUCUUGCACCACCAGUUCAGCGACUCGCCGUGCAUAUGCCAGCUCUGCAGUCUUCCCGCCGACCAGCGCAUGCUAAGCGACAUGCGGAGGAAACUCAUGCGUCACCUGCUGUAUGUUCUACGAAACGGAAUGGAUCUUGAAGCUGGUAUUCCGCCCCAGAUCACUUCGAGGAACUACCACCCGCUUCCAGAAUUCGAGAUUGCCAGCGAGCCUGCUGGCUAUUUCACUGCGCUGGCGGAAGCGGAGGGGAUCGUUGGUGUGUUGGUCUGGAACAUGUAUGUCAAAGGCGGCGGCGACCUGCUUCAGGAUUUCCAUUCCAACGGCUUCACGCGGGUCCCGCGUUCCGCCAUGCGUACAAUAGGACUUUGGAUGAGAAGAGCAUCGCAUAUCAAAAUGGUACUUUUGGGAAGCACAGGCUUUUCUAGGAAGCAAAUCGAUGAUCAGGCUGACCGGUUGGUGGAAGUGGCUGAUAUGCUGGAGCAAUCUGGGGGCCGUUUCGAUGCUGCGGGGCUAUGA